AUCUGAAGCUGCUGACGAUGAAUGUGGCGAUGUCGACCGCGACCGAGCAGGUCCACAUCGACAACGGGAGCGACGAGCUGGCGGCGGCGUCUCGCCUCACUCGCGACCGCAGCAGGGCGCUGCUGGAGGCGCUGCUCCCUCGCAUGGGCGGCCUCGACGCCGAGGUGAGGCGGCUGCGCACGGCGUGCGAGCCGUGGGCAGCGGACGACCAGCCAGCCGCGGGCGCCGACGAGGAGUGGGUCAAGUUCACCAAAAAGUGGCGGUACGGAGCUGAGCAGCGCCGCGCGAUCAAGGCCGAGCUCGAUGCCCUCCUCGAGGCUUAGCGGCUCCCGCCCCUCGAGCGUGCGCGCGAGCAGGCCGAGGUCGAGGCUGAGGAUCUGUAGUUCUAGUUUUGACACAACUCACGUGUUCAACACGAGUCCGCACCGACUUGUCUCUCUUGUGUAUGUGUUUUUUGUGUACCUGACCUACCUGUACGC